UAAAAACUGACUUAUUAAAUAGUUGCAUGGAUGAACUGGAUAGUGAUUUUCCCGAUUUGGACACUCUUUUGGAUCAAGCAGAACAAGAAAUAGAGUCUAGCAGCAAUCAGAACCAAAAGCGUACACCCAUCGACUCUGACAAUGACAACAGCUUUGACCCGCUAGGUGAUAUAGGCAAUUUAUCAUCAGGCGGCGAUACACAGGAGCAGCAAACAACAAAUUGUGAACUCUUAGAACUUUUCUUUGGCCAGUCAACCUCUAUUUCAAAUAAAACAGCCGAUGAUGUUAUUGAUGAUGUGUGUGUAACUCCACCAGAAGAAAGGCAUGACGAAGACACUGGAUCAAGGAACCCAGAUUCAGCUUCACGAGGAUUAGUACUCUGCUCAGAGGAACGAAUACCUAGUGGGGAAGACGACCAUUCUUCGCUGGAAGACGGGCCACAAGAUUUCGAACACUCAGAGGCCGAGAUUAACCAAACUGAGAUCAGUUUAAUUACCAAUCAAAACUUAUCAUCUAAUUUUUCUUAUUUACCACAGAAUGAUUUUACUACAAAUAGCUUAGUUGAAGACCCGCUAGUUGAAGCUCCUAUCAUAUAUGCGAUAUCACAAUCAUCUGCAGGAAAUAAUGUUGAUUUUAACCAACCCGAGGUAUCUGAGGAAGAGUUUGAGCAGUAUAUGAGCGAGAUGGAAAAUGAAAUAGCAAUAAAUAAAGUUCCAGAUAGACGGAACGUUGAUGAGGAUAGCAAUAUGGUGCGAGUUGGUGAUUUCGAACCAAACCUUGAAGCUCCGAGCCUGAAUUCUUCGUAUAUCGAUGAUUCACCGGUAACAAAUUUUUCGCAGCCGCCUGCCCCUCCCUACUCCGAUGUCCCAAAAACAUACGAGUCGGCAGAAACCGGGGAAAAAUAUGAUGGUCGUCAAAGUUCUGAUGCGGCCAGUUUUGUUGAAAAUGAAGGGGAAUUCAGCUCAACUGACGCUGUUGAAACUGAGAGUGGUAAAGAAAGCUCACCAGCCAACUCGGCAAGGGUAUCAAAAGAAAGAACGCUAAGACCUCUAGUUGAGUACUUUGGAGGCUCCUCGCCACAAGGAAGCUUGAGCAGCGAAGACCUAAAUGUUCAUAACUUGGUUCCCGAGUUUUUCGGACAUGAGCAUUCAAUCAAUGAAUUAGGUUCGGUUGAGCCUCGUUGGGUGGAAGACAAACACAGACUGAUGUGUUCAUUCUGUGAGUCCAAAUUCAACUUGGUAAACCGAAGACACCACUGCAGAGCCUGUGGAGAGGUGUUCUGUGCCAAGUGCUCGGAAGCGAAGAGAGUCCUCGCUUUCAAUGUCUUAGCUGGGCCACAAAGAGUGUGUAGAAGCUGUGAUGAUUUGCUCCUAAUGCAGGAAACAUUGAAGAAAUCAGCCGAAGAAGCGGGAACCUCACGGCUGCAAGUGUAUUCUAGUAGAUCAAACACUGAACCAUCGGCACCCCCUCCCGAACCAGCAUCACCUGUCUCCCACCGUGAUCCACAGCAAUACUGUGCACUGGGCCCAGUGUCCAAUGAGAUGAUCAUGCAGUCUGAAGGAGCUUCGGGGGGAGGGGGAGAGACGAAGUACCAGCAGAACGACAAAUGGGUCGUGUAUAUUCCGAAUCAUCUUCUGAAUGAGAACCAAGAAGACACAAGUGAAUCUCAGCCAAAUGGGCAGCAACUUCGCGCCAUAAAGUCAGCACUGAAGCAUCGAACAAGCGAGUCAAAUACAGGAUCUGGACGGAGUUCGGACAGUCAUGCAGCCUCCCACUCGGAGUCGGCGAAACAGGUGCUAUUUGCAGAUGGAGUUAGUCCCGGGUCUUCUUCGAUCGAGGAUCCGCCUACCUCUCGCUAUGACGUGGUGAGGAAGAGUCUGUCUAGGGGAAGGGCAAUCAGCAGACAGUUUCAGAUGAUGUCACAGCAACAGGGAGUGCAAACGCAGCCACAGCAAGACAACGCCGAAGACGAAUUAGAAAUAGUGGAGAUCAGACCAGGAGCAGUAGUGAAGAGAAAAAUCAGGGAGACCCAGCUGGGCCACAUGUAUGAGUCAGUGGACUCAACGACCAAUGAGAGACAGCCUCUGCCACCUGUAGCAGACUGCAGUACUAAUGGACCAAUCAGAGAACAGAUAAGAAAUUUGUCUGAACCGGAAAAAGAGAAGUUGAUUCAUCGGUUGUGUCAAGAUCCCUCGCUGCCGCCGGUCAGGUUCCGUCUGGAAGCCAAUCUGCACGUCAAUGUCAAAAUAUGUGAUUUGAGCUGUUGUCAGAAUGGAGAGUGUUUUGUGUUCGUGUCUGAUGGACUUGAGAACCACUGUCAGACAGAGGUGGUCUUUGUGCUGAAGAAAAACUCGCUGAAUGAAACGAUACCGACUUCUGCUUUCGAUCUAUUCUCUCACAUGUACAGAAUGGCGCUUCUAGGAAUCACGUUCAACAACCUCGACUGCAUGUCGCUUGAGUUCCUCAACGAUUUCCUCGGAUGUGGUAGCGACAGUAGUUCGAGUCCCGGCAGUGUCCUAUUUUUCUCUCAGACCUGUCAGUGUGACCAGCGACUGCCACUGCCGGGCGGACAAGAUAAGGAGUCCAGACCUCCUCUACUGUUCGCUCUGUUGCUGCAUAAGUUGGAGUCAUCUUGGGCUAAAGUGUAUCCACUAAGGGUUCUCCUCGGAAUAGGACAUCAGCAUAAACAGUACCCGUGUCCAUUGGUGAGUGUGAGAGACAGAUACCCCAUCUACAUAGAGGACAGUGGUUCGAUUCUGGAUGGGUUCGUGGACAUGCGACAGUGGCUGUUCAACGAGUUCAAAGUAGUCCCAGAUGCAUUUGCUACCAUAUCCACCACCCCACCUCAAAUAGAGACAUCCCUCAGUCAGGACUCGUUCGCAUCGUCAACUAGUCCCGCUUCGUCGUCACCCGAUAACAACUCGGCAACUGUUCUCAUUCCGCGCAAUAGAUACGACGUCGUGUGUGAUGUGUUGAAUGGGCGAGAGAUGGAAGAGGAGUUGAUUUUGGGACUGAGCUUUGCCCCCUUCGCAGACUCACAUCUUGUAUGUGUGGAGACAGACGACGCCAAGCUAGAACCUCAGGCGUUCGGGCAGAACAGAGACGGAACACGGCGGUGCACCGGAGUGGGCUUCCUUCUAUUCUGUGGAACCCUCUGUCCAGACAUCGAUGACUCAUUUGUGCCAGACUCUCAGGACAGUGACCUUGAGAACUCAGUGAACAGUCAAGACGUGGUAGCCAAGAUAACAAUAAUUGAAGAUGGGCUGAAUGUGGUGAUGUGUAAGUCGCUGUUCGUGGAGCUGAAACAGGCGCUGAGGGGAAUGAAGGAUUUCCAGAUCCCCUGCCAGACUCUUCAGGAGUACAAACAGGGAAAGGAGGCGAAGCAGAGUUUGAGUGUGAGGUGGAUCGAAGACUAUGAAGUUCACUCGCCCUGUGAGAUCAGUCCCAUUGACGGAAUGGACUUGGAGACGAAAGUGAGCUGCAACGUAUUCAACGCAUUCGACUAUCUCUGCAGACCAGCCAAAAACACAAACAACAACAAAGUAACAACUUCAUCUGUCCGAUCGACCAAUCAGAGCGAGCCAGGGGCAGUGGGGGGAACGAAGCCGAACGACCACAAUGCCGACUCUGAAUCAUCGUCAGGAGUGAAUGACUCGACCAGUGCAAUUAGCAGUGGUAUUUUGAGGUGGACCAGGAUAUUCUACCUGGGUGAAGAUCAGCCGAACGAACCACUAGUUGAUGAGCCAAAUGACACGGAGAGAUUACCCCAGAAGUUGGCAAAGGCCUUCUGUCUGGCUAUGUCUGGACACUUGGUGGAGUUGCGUGCCUUGGGCUGUAGUAAAGUGGGACUAAGAGUGCACAUCAGUGUGGACCAAGUGGAGUACAAGGCGGGAUGCAACAACACCCACUUGUUCACACCUCCUAGUGCAAUCAGCGACUCAAUGGAUUCACAUCUACUUCAGCUUGUGUUUGAAGAAGCAGCCAGGGUGCAAUCGACCUCUCCAAUUGCAAUGGAGUUGCACUUCCAACUGCUCAACAUACCCCAGGAUGAAAACAACUGAGCCGGGGAGAAGUAGGAAAAGACAUUGAACCUUGGAGAGGUUAGAGGUCAAAUGGACAGAUGAACAGAUACUGCUUUGAAUUUAACCUCUCUGAAAGAAAAACUCUGAAAUAUACGUACAUCAACUCCUGAUGUAUCCCAAUCAUUACUAAUAAAAUCAUGAGAGAAACUAGUGAUAUAGUACGAUGUAGAUGAUUGCAUAAUUGUUUCAAAUGGAGCUUGAAAAAACUGAUAGAAUGAGAAUCCUAAUCUAUGCGGCUGACUAAUCUGUAAAUUAUCAUAACCCAAUUAGUGUAUUAUUGUAGAUUAAAUACCGAGACGCUGAGUUGAUAGUUAAUGCUUUGACUCGAAAUCUUUCCCGUUGUUUUUUGUGUUAAAUUAGCUAGAAAUGUAGUGAAUAGUUCCUUGGGCCUGGAAAUUGUAAUGAUUUGCUCAAAAAUAAUUUCAAAGCAUGUUUUUUGAA